GGGGCAAUAAAGGCUUGUUUUUCAGUCCUACGAACUCGACGGUCUCCAUUUUGUGAAGGCUGAGGAAGCAGGGUCGGUCGUCGUCCCCGUGAAAAGACAAAACCCAGAAACAACAACAGAAAAAGAAAGUUAGCCGACAGACCGCUCGCUAACCAAGUUAUCAUACGAAAGGAAAUCAAAUCUUAUCGUAUGUCCGGUAUCCAGAACCUCCAAACUUUUGACCCCUUUGCUGAUGCAACUAAGGGUGAUGACCGCCUCCCAGCCGGGACAGACGAUUACAUCCACAUAAGAAUCCAACAGCGGAACGGCAGGAAGACCCUCACUACUGUCCAGGGCAUUGCUGCCGACUAUGAUAAGAAGAAGCUAGUCAAGGCUUUCAAGAAGAAGUUUGCUUGCAAUGGGACAGUGAUUGAGCACCCAGAGUAUGGUGAAGUGAUCCAGCUUCAGGGAGACCAGCGUAAGAAUAUCUGCCACUUCAUUGUGGAGGUUGAACUGGCCAAGGAGGAGCAGCUCAAAGUCCACGGCUUCUAGAAGCUGCUAGCAGCCCUCUCCCCCUUCUGUCCUUGAAGGCCAUUAAACUCCCCCUCCCCUCCUAUGUGCUGCUGUUGCUCUUCCUCUUCCCCCCUGCAGCCCCACCAGCUCCUGUUAGCUAACACGUGAAUUACCUCUGACAAACAUGGGACUUUGUAAUAUCAUUGCCCCCCUACAACACCAGGGGGCAGACUCGCUCCCAUAAAGGCACACCACUUCAGCUCCACACAACAUCAGGGAUGAGUGGUGAUGACCCUCCCACACACACACACCUCCUUCCUUUCCCCCUCGGUUAUUUCCUUUUAAAUUUUUUCUUUUUAGGAUCUUGUGCCACAAUAAGCAGGCACCAUUUCGUGUAACUUUUUUGUUUUGUACUUCAAAGUGUUUCAAUAAAACGAUGAGUGUCCAUA